GAAGGACAACGAAGGUCAAGGGGAGGGUUCAAUAUUGUAAACAGCUAAUUCAUUUCGCUGGAGUGUCUUGAACAUCCAAGUUAUUGUAUUUUGGACUGAAAUUACCUAACUGUCAUGGCUGUGGCUUUACGCAAAAUUUCUCCGUGGCGAUUUGUCAGGGCAGUCCAAGCCACACACAUUCCCACUCUGAAGCUGCACAUGACUGGUUCUAUGAUGGGGGCGACGGUGGAGCAAUUCAAUCAUGCCAAGAGUCAGAUGAGCACGCUGAAGGAAGACCCUGGCAAUGAGGCCAAGCUGAAAAUCUAUGCUCUCUUCAAACAGGCUACUCAGGGACCCUGUAACACCCCAAAGCCAGGGAUGCUCGACUUUGUCGGCAAGGCCAAAUGGGAUGCCUGGAAGUCUCUGGGUUCUGUAUCUCAGGAGGAUGCCAGACAGCAGUAUGUGGACCUGAUCGAUUCUCUGCUGGCUGCCGAGGGGCCUGCGGUAGCCGCACAGCCCACUGGGAGCGCUGCUACCUUUGAUACGCUGCUGGUCUCCACGGAGGACAACAUCACCACUAUCUGCCUCAACAGGCCACAGAAGAAAAAUGCCAUCACUGUGGAGAUGUACAACGAGGUCAUCAAGGCUUUGGAGCAAGCUGGCAAAGAUGACUCUGUCAUUACUGUAAUCACAGGUAGUGGAGACUUCUACUGCAGUGGCAAUGACCUGACAAACUUCACCAAAAUCCCCGAGGGUGGAAUCGAGCAGAUGGCAAAGAAUGCAGGCGAGUUGCUAAGGGAGUUUGUCAAAGCGUUCAUCGACUUCCCUAAGCCCCUGGUUGCAGUGGUCAAUGGUCCGGCUGUGGGUGUGUCUGUCACUCUACUGGGGCUGUUUGAGAUUGUCUAUGCCACAGAGAGGGCUACAUUCCACACCCCCUUCAGCCAGCUGGGACAGAGCCCAGAAGGCUGCUCCUCCUACACCUUCCCUAAAAUAAUGGGCAAUGCAAAGGCCAGUGAGAUGCUGCUGUUCAACAAGAAGCUGAGUGCCGUCCAAGCUUGUGCCCAGGGCCUGGUGACCGAGGUCUUCCCUGACAGCAGCUUCCAGACCGAGGUGGCCACCAGACUCAAGGCCUAUGCCAAGCUGCCCAGAAAUUCCCUAGCCCUGUCCAAGCAACUGAUCCGUGGGACAGAGAAGGAACAUCUCCACACUGUCAACGACCAGGAGGUGGAGCGCCUGGUGGAGCGCUGGCUCUCAGAUGAGUGCAUGCAGGCCAUCAUGAGCUUCUUCCAGGCUAAGGCUAAGCUGUGAGGAGAUCCUCCCCCAGAGACCCACAGACAGAGCUCCUAACCAGAGUCAUGCCCAUUAGGUAUCAAUCGGGAAAAAAUGGACCGAAACACGCUCAUUUACAUUUUCCGUUGUAAAACAUUUGAAAAUGUAUUCUGUCAUGUGCCCUAAUGAGCAUGACCCACAUCACACCAAUCUGUACCCCACCCCCACCUUUUCCUCCCCUAGUACAGCUCCAGCCUAGAUUCACUAACCUGUAAGAAGAGAUGUCAAUGGGAUAAAGCCUGUAACCAUGCUGAGCCUUGAGCUGAUGCCUUUUUUCCCCUUCAGUUUUAUCAGAUGGUUUUGUAAAUGAAUUAUAAUAUUAGUAUUAUUAUUGUACCGUAUGAACACCCAACACCCCCGUUCGGUAGAUUAACUGUUGAUCUAGAUUGUUUUGCAAUUAGCAUAUCUGGGCAUUCCAUGUUUUGAAACACCAGUGAAGUUAACUGCCAAAAUAAAGGAAACGCCAUCAUGAAGUGCCUUUUAAUAGGGCGUAGGGUCACUAACUCAGGAACCACACCUGUGUGGAAGCAGCUGCUUUCAAUAUACUUUGUAUCCCGCAUUUAUGCAAGUGUUUCCAUUAUUUUGGCAGUUACCUGUAACUUACAUGGACUAAGCUUCCAAGAGGUGCAUAUGGUAAGUUGAAGGUGGGUAGUGCCUUACAGUCCAAAAAAACUGAGCUGAGCAAAGCGGAUUGUGUUUUGCACUGUCCAAUGGUAUUUUAUAUGCACUCAAAAGUAUUCUUGGCGAUGGCAUCAUUGUUUCACACAUCUAUAUCUGUUUGAUUACAGUAAUAAAUACAUUUGAGCAACAAAAUCCCCAAAAAUCGUCAA